UAUUUCAUUUGCAGCCUUAUCCGACGGACGAUGAGCCAAGCGCAGCAGCAGCAGCAGCAACAGCAAACCACUUUCGCUUUCGUUUGCGUCGGAUGCAUCUGAAGAGAGCGUGCGAAGAGCCACGAGCCGAUCGAAGCGAGCUAGAAUUUAAAUGUACAAUAACGGUUCGCUGGUAGUUUUGUGUCAAAGUGCUAGAAAAAAGGGGGUUCCAACCCCGGCUACCUUAGUGAAAGUGAAGUGAAGAUUUUGUCCAGUUUUGUGUUAAGUUUGAGUUGCUUGAGUGAGUGAGAGGAUUUAUUUAUUGAACUCUGUGAUGCGAAUGUGUUGAGUGUUAUAUGUGUUUUUGUUUGUGAAGCAAUUUUAAAGUUCACAGUGAUCCUCCGGAACUUCAGAAGUAUUUUUUUAGCUAUUUAUAUAUAAAAAAUAGUGGUGUUUUUGUUAGGCAAGCAAACAAUUUGUGAACUAUUGUUAAUAUCCUGUUUUAUACCUGUGUAUACAUUUCAACUGAUACUCCACACUACUUAGAUAAGACUUGGGAGCAUUAAGGGUGUCUGAUUUAGAAGUAAAGCAACGACUACGAGACGACGGCGACGAUCAAUCGACAACCCCAAUCAACAAUCAACAGCAUUUAUCGCCUACUGGUGGCGCGCCUGUUGAAAGGGAGGCGGAGUUCGCGUAAACGCGAUUAAUUUUGCCGGCAACACCUGACAGCUUAACACUGCAGCGCGCGUUGGGUUAGAAUAUUGACAGCGGCACAGUGAUAGGUAACUGACGCACGAUGGAGGCACAGUUCGUCUGCGCUGAUCUGUCGACGAUCACCGAUGAGGACCUGCUGCGCAAGAUGUGGCAACAGGCGGAGGACUUUUCGCGCAAGAAAGAAAUCCGGGCGUAUAUGUACAAGUUGCGCGAGCAACGGCUGAAGGAUUUCUACGCCAGCAACGACAGCAGCCCACCGUACUUCCUGAUGGAUAAUGCGAGCGCAACGUUCGGGCUGAAGAAGAGCACAGUGACGGGAAGCCAUGGUGAUUCGCUCGUCGACCAAAGCUUCGAGAGCUUCAAAACGAAGGAGAUCCGUGACUCGGAAAGCCCAACCAGAUUCGGCAAUAUGGCGAUACCGUCCGAUAAUAGCGGAUGGCAGAUCAGAACGUCCGAGGAGGUGAGCGACGAUGGGAAGACGCAUACGCUGCGUACUACUGCCACGACGCAAGGCAUCAAGGAGAUUGAUGGUGGGCGUACAGCGUUCGCUGGCAAGAAUCUGGAGUCACACAGCGAGCAUUACGACGGUGACGAGUCGAACUUUGUGCACAGCAAGGGUGACCAGUCGACCACGGUGCUGGUGGAGGACAGCGUUACCGAGGACGAGAAUGGACGGAGUGUGUCGGGUUCGAAACAUUCGACCACAACUUCGGUCAGUACGACGCGUGUCGUCUAUCAGCAGCAGAACGGUGACUCGGACCGUCCGGCUAGACAGGUAGCGGACGCUACUGACCUCUCAUCAGCGGCGAACCUCGAGUUUGGUGAUGAUCACUUCAGUUCCUCGCAAAAGCGUUCCGUUACGAGUUCGUCCUCGUCCAGCGUGGUACGCAAUAGCGCCUCUACGAAGAACGCCGACCGGAGCACCACGCACAGUACCGAUGAGCAGACGGGCAAACGAGAGGUAUCGAAGGAGCUGUCCAAGGAUCCGGAGCGAGUACGGGAAGCGUUCCGUCUGGCACAGGGCGCGGGCAAGAUCAUCGAGCGGGAGGAAACGAUGGUCAACACGACGACGAAAAUGAUCACCGAAACGAAGCGACUGGACGAUGGCACAACAGUCACAACACGAACGUACGAAAAGAUCGGCCAUGAGCCAACGUCUGCGAGCGAUAAGCUGGAGCAGGAAACCCUGUCGUCCACUGCUAAACGACAGCAAGAGUCCGUAGGCCGUUCGGGCCGCACGGACGAGAGCAGUGCGACGAACGAAUUCAUUCGGCAGGAGAAGGCCAACCAGUCGUCAACGUCCACGACAAAGACCAGCAGCACGCAACGCAUCAUGGUGGAGGUAGAUGCGGCUCACGAUUCCUUUGCCCGCUCGCUGCGCUCCGUUUCGCCGACCGGCAGCAUCCGCUCGGUGCGCUCGAACGCAACACUGCCGGGCCGUACCAGCACUAGCCCGGAGAAGGCACAACCGGACAGCACCAAACCCGACUACAUGCGCUCCACGUUCACAUCCGAGCGCAAGGUGUCCGGCUUCCAGGAGCAACCAUCGGGGCCCACACAACGUUCGCCAAGCCCCCGCAAGGUCUCGGAAGCUACUCUUCACACUAGCUCACGCAGUACUUCCCCGACGAAACAAGCUACUGCUGUCGAGUACGAGAAGACAUCUCACUGUCAGUCGUCACAGGUGACCGAAUCCGAACGAACGGACUAUCCGGAGGUGGAUGGCGCUAAGCCACGCGGCACCACGAAACCACCGCUGGUGCGCAGCGAAACGUACGAAGAGCGAUGCCGCAAGAUUUUGGGCAUGCCAAACCGACCGGGCGAUGAUGAUGGCAAGGCCGAAUCCAAGAGCAUCUUCAGCACCUACGACAACACGGUUACGGUGCAGCAGUCGCGUUCGGAGCUGCGUGAACAGCGCAAGAAGAUCGAGCAGGAGAUCAAAUCGAUGGAAAGCAAAACCGUUAGCAAUGCGAGCAAUGUGCGCCGUGUGACGGAUGAGCAGGAUAGCGUGGUUGAGAAGGAACACACCACCAGCCGCAAGUCGUCGUUGGUGAACAAGGAAUCGGCCACCCGUAAAGUAUCAUCGCCGCAGACUUCUCCAACGCGCAAGCGUUCGCAGACACCGAAAGAGGAGAACUCUCCAACGCGCAAAGGGUUCGGCCCUCGGGAAGAUUCACCCGUCAAGAAGUCACCAGCAAAGGAGAGUUCGCCAUCUCGUAAGACACCUUCGCGAGAUGUUUCCCCUGUGGGUAAGGAAAUGUCACCGGCAAGAAAUCUGAUGCCCCAGGAGGAUACUCGCAAGUCACCGGUGAAGACCACAUCUCCAACGCGAACUUCACCGACGAAAGAUUUCUCGCCGACAAGAGCUUCGUCGAACGUUACGGACUUCUCGUCGGCACGCAAAACAUCCCAUACGGAGUCCUCAACUGUGCGAACAUCACCGACCAAGGAAACUUCUCCGGUGCGUAAGCCGUCCCGUGAAGUCUCCCCGUUGAAGAACGAUCGUGUUGCGUCGCCGACCAAACCUCCGCAGGAAACAACGGCCAAGAAUAAGGCCACGAUUUUGGUGGAGCAAAAGCAGGAUGGGCGUAAUAUCUCUGUCGCGGAAAUUACUAUCCUGCCCGUAAUGGAGGUGUCGGAGAAUGUGCGCACCAAGACGACGACGACCCGUACGCACGAAAAGAUACUGACGAAGCAAUCGUCCGAUACGAAGUUCGAUAGGCGUUCGACUACCGCUGCGAAUAGUCGCGUCAUCACCAACAAAAGCUCCUCCGACUUUGACGUUAAGCGCCGGGCGGUCGAGUUGGCUACCCAGAGCAAGCCACGUGCAUCCGCCACUAGCCCCGAUAAACGUCGGCCAGCGGCUGGUGUGGAGAAGCCUGCUCCAGUCAAGCAGAACCACAUAACGGUGGCCAAGAUCAAGAUUGAAUCGAUGCGAAAACCAUCCGCGCAGUCGCAGAAGUCCGCGCAUGGAGCAAGCGAAGAGAUAACCUCGGUUCGAAGCAGUACCAAGCGUACCAGCGAGCAGGUGAUCGCCGCAAAGCGACCAGUCGAGCCAGUCGAAACGGAUCCCGAAUCCAGCAAAGAUACCGGCAUUUCCGACAACAGUGAGGUGGAAGAAACGGUCGAGAGUGUGAUCGAGAUGAACGUAACGGGCACGUCGUGCUGUCGCCAUACGGAUCGUAAAGACUCGGCCCCGGUGUACCGAACGACUGCUGUGACACGCACGGGCAAAAACUACGCCCGCUCGUCCAGCGAUAAUCAUCUGCGGGCAACGAACGCGUCAACCAAUCGUCAGACAACGAAUCAAUCGACGGUGGCCACAAAAUUGACCAGCUCCGAUCGUUCGACGAACGCUGGCCGUAAGGUGGAGCGACCGGUGAAGCAUGUUGCUACGAAAACGAUAAAUCUUUCCACGAAAGCGGUGAGUGGUGUUAACACGCUCAACACCACCUGCUCCAGCACGCUCGGUUCCGAUCAUCUGGACAACGUGGUAAUUGACAUACAGCUGGCGAAGUCAUCCCGCGAACCGACCCCGAACAAGCUGAUCCCGAUACCCGUUUCACCCGACACGGAGGACACUGGCAAGCCACGGUAUCCGGACGCCGUGCAGGAACCGGAUGAUGACGCGUCGCGUCAGGGUCGCACCCAACGGGUCAACAAAAUUCCCAUCUUCGAGGAGGCAACCAACGAGUACGUGGGCUGUGAAAUAACGGAGGUAGACGAGGCCACCACGCAACACGCGACCCGCAUCACCAACCUGGACCGCGUGACGGAAGACGACGAGUCGCUGCUGAGCGUCACGGAAAAGGUGAACAAGUUUGCGCAGGAGGCACGCCGUCUGCAGGAACCCGCGGCUAGCGGCACUGCGGCUGAGGAACGCUCGCAGCCAGCCAGGUUCUCGGUGCGCCCGGAGUAUGACGACAUCGACGAGCAUCUGAAGUCGGACGAAUGUCUGCUUAGUGUGUCGGAUAAGGUGACGAAGUUCAUUUCGACCGCCGAGGAGGUAAAGAAGAUUCGCACCUCGGGACCGUUUGUGCCGGUGAAUGAGGAUGUCCCGGUGAAGGUAACGGAGGGUGAUGAAUGCUUGCUGAGUGUCAACGAGAAGGUGAAUCGAUUCGCGAACCGUAUGCAACGUACAUCGGAUAUUCGCGAGAGCGAUACCGUCAGCAGUUCGGUAGGACGUCCUGGAGGACGUUCGCAGCCAUCUGAGCAUCCGAAAAAGAGAGAAGAAGAGGAGGAGGAGGACGAGGAAGAGAUGGAGGAAGAGGAACAGAUUGCCGAGACAAAGCAGCACACUACCAGCGUGUCGGAGUCCGUCAACAGCAAGUUCGUGCCCCAGAAGUCACCGGAGUUGGUUAAGAACGCUAUGCGCAGCACUGCACGUCACAUCGUGCCGGACGCCGGUGGGGAAGAUUUGGUGCAAUCCAGUGGAUCCAGCAUUGCUAAUCGUUAUCGUACAUCAACGAUGAGCAAGCAGUUUGAGAAGCAGACACCUGCUGCAGUAGCACCGUGCACGAGUCCGAUCACGCUGCGCAGCACCGAAGCUGUGAAGAAGGCAAAGGAGAUCUUCGAAAAGGGACAAACCGUGCAGCAGGACGCACGUCAGCGUGACAUCUUGAACAGACCCUCGAUCUGGGAAGAUCGCCGAAACAAGCAGAGCCAACCUCAGCCGCAGCAAACCGAGCAGAAGUCGGGUGAGGUGAAGCUCACGGACAUCGGUGUGACUGAGCGCAAAUCUGUUCAGGAAUCGCAACGCAAGGAGUCCGUAACGAAAGUGGAGCGUGUGCAGGAGCCGGAAGCAACGAAGCCAGCUCCUACCCAGGGUCGGCGAGACAGUGGCAGUGCGGUACGUCCACCGGCCUACAUCCGCGACACCGUGUCCUCGAAGAAGGAUUUGUUCGAGAAGCGAAUUUCGUCCUCAAAGAUGCAGGUAGAAUACACCACACAAACGUCGCAGGAAGGUACGGAGACAUCGACCACAACCAGAAGACAGUCGCUAAAACAGCAGGUAGACUACAGUAGUGCAGCACCAUCGUCAGCCAGCCGACCAGCACAUACGGGAGAUCAAUCGAAGCCAUCGUACAUGAACCACACCGUUGCCUCUCUGGAGCACAUUAACGCGAAUCAGAGACGUGACUCGCUGGAUCAUGGCGCGUCCACUCACCAUGAGACAACAUCAACCACGACAACAACGACUACGGCUCGCAACAGCCUAACAGGCAGUGCCAAGUUCGGUGUAGAACUGAAGCGCCUGGAUACAGGCAAUCGAACGACCACAAGCACGCUCCCAUCUACCGCACCAAGCUCCAAGCGCAAGGCAAGUGCCGGAGACGGACAACCGACCAACUCCGCUGGGUCUUCGCCAGUGAUUGAAGAGAUCUUCGAUCUAGAAAUGCUUGAAAGAAUGCUAGAGUCGGUGACGGGUUACGAACAGCGGCGUCGCAUUCGGGCACAGAUUCGUGUGGUGAAGAAGCAGAAGGAACAGCAGCCUGCCACUGUUAGCCAGACGGGCAAACAGGGGAAUGUGACGUCCGUCAAAACUACCACCACCACCACACACAGCACUACUGUAACGAAUGCUCGCGAGACUGGCACGGGUAAGCGCAAGGAUAGCAGUCCGACGCGUACCUCAACGAUGACUGGGCGUAAACAAUCGACUACCACUACAACGGAUGCUACCGAUACGGGCAGCAAGAGUCAUGCAAGCUUCGAACCGGACACGGCAAGCGAACGGACCAGCAAACAGCGCCAGCAACUGCAGCAGACCCAGGAGCACGACAACGCCCGUAACGCUACGUCGAAUGUCACGACCUCUACGAAAACGACAACGGUGGUAACUGAUCGGUUGGCCUCAAAGACUGGAGCAACGGAUCGCCAUGUUCCAACGAAGGAUGACCGUCCGAUCUGGGCCACAAGCAACAUUUUGAAGAAAGCGUCCGAAAACACUCGCACAUUUAAAAGUAGCAGUGUUAGCAGCUCUUCCGCUACUACUGGCACCGGUGGAAGGAAGGUAGUGAGCACGUCCUCCUCCAGCUACCAGCAGGUGAAGUCAACGAACGACCCGAAGACAACGACUGACUGCAUUACCUCUAGCUAUGGCGUCGGUCCAACGGAUGAGAACGGGUUGCCACUGUUCGGAAUUCGAGCUCUGAAGAAGAAGGCUGCACCGGCACCGGCCUCUACCGAAGACACCAAGAUCAGUGGAACUAUCAUCACCGAAACGCUGUACGCAGAGAAUGGCGGUCCGACGGUGGGCAAACGCAGUACCACACACUACUCGAACGAACCGGGCACUUUUUCGGAGUUUGUACGAGGGGAUGAUGGGCAGGAGAUGUUCACGGAUGAUGGGCCUGGCUCGAAGCAGAAGGGCAAGAUGAUGGCGAUCCGCAAAACGGAGACGAUCGAUGCUGCGGGAACGCACAGUGAGGAGCUCGAGGUGAUGGACGGUUCCGAGAUGCGUUCCAAGGUAGUGCGCAAGGGUUCGGUGAAGGAGUUAACCGAGCGUUUCAUACACCGUGAGUCGUCCGGUUCCUUGACGCAGGAAUCGACCCGCACCUAUCCGAAAGCUGGACUGAUCCUACGCUCCUCCGGCCACAGCCAGUCGAGUCGGGCCUCAACACCGGCCACAGACCGUUGCUCCAUGCAGUCCGGUUCGGUGGAUGAGUUCGAGCAAGAGGAGACGGGCGUAACGACCACGCGCGAGGUACGCUCCUUCCUGAACGACACCUCCAAGGUUGUGGAUGUGCGCGAUGUACUGCAGCGGAUGAGCAACGCGGACAAUGUAACCGAGCAAGGUGAUACCGCCGAGGAUCAGGAAGCGCGAGCGCUGCUGAACAAAUUUCUUGGGGCAUCUGUUUUGAUGAGCGGCGUCGAGUCGAUGGUUUCGUCGACCGGUAGCAUGCUGUCCGAAACGGCUUCACUGCCGUCCGCCGCCAAGAAGGUGUCCAAGGUAUCUUCAACCACCACUAAGACGCAAACGGUUAAAUCGUCCGGUGCCACACCAAGUAUCUCUUCCACGAAGCAACAAGCAACGGUCGACAAUCUCGACGAUAACUGGGACGAAGCUGUACUGAAGCAGUUGCUGGAGUCAACCACAAACUACGACGAUCGUCGCAAAAUCCGUGCCCGCAUCCGCCAAGUGAUGGCCGAAAAAGAAGCGUGCGCCGAUAUUGUCGCCAUCGUAACAGCCGAUCUACAGCGCGAGCGCCAACUGCAGCAACAAUCGACGGCGACGGCUAACACUAGCGGCACGUCCGAACGCCCGACCGCACCGACGGCAACGGUUGCCAACGGUUUAUCACAGGGUGAGUCACUCCUGUUGCCCCUGCUGCAGGGCCUGCUGUUGAGCAAUGCGGCCGCAUUCGGGUACAAGGGUAGCACCUUCGCCGGUAAUGCCGACGAAGCGGCCGGCAUCGGUGGUAGUAGUAGCGGUAGUAGUGGUAGUGGUGGUAGCGGUACAGUAACGGAUGGUAGUAGUGGUAGUCACCUUAACAGUAGCACCAAUGGUAAACUUGGCCCGGUGGCGAUGGUCACCUCGAAGAUCCCGCCGGUCGAAGAUUCGGGCACGGAAUCGGGCGAAGAUUUGCGGCUGCUGGCAGCGGCCGGUUUGCAUGACACUGCCGCCACCGCAGCAGCGACCAACGGUUCGACGGUGCACGGUGGCGCUGACACGCUCGAGAGCGGGCUGCCGACCAUACUGAGCGAGGUGGCGUCUGCGUUGGAUCGGCUACAGUCGAGCCUGCAGGCCGACCCGAGCGGUCAGCCUAAGGUGAUGCAGAUCGAUGCAGAGCAGCGAAGGGCACUGUUGGCCCUGAUCGCACGGCUGCAGGAGGAUUUACAGCAGCCAGACAAGAUCGCCAAUCUGGGCAUUGCCUGCGGUGCAGCGGAACCGUACGAUGGCAGGCGUCAGUCGCAGGGCCAGCUGUCGACCGGAGCAGGGUUAAGCGAGACGGGCAACGGUGCUAGUGCCGGCGGGUUGGACCAGUGCCAGAAUCGCAUCCGGGCCGGAAGUUCAAGGUUCAGCUCGAAGCGACGUACCACUCGGAGCAAUCGCCAUACGGUGGGCGUCAGUCGUGAGGAGCUUGCCGACGCGAGAAGAUUCAUCGAGGAGAUGGUAAUGAUGGACAGCAGACAGCAGUCCGACCAGUGUGUGGUGACGUCACCGGAAAAGGCGUAUCUACUGCAAAAGCAACAAUCGCUCGGCACGGUGCUCAGAGCGGAACCGGAAACCGUAGCUACUGCUGGUGGUGCGUCACAGACGUUGCAGAACGGUGGUAAUGCUGGACCGGCGCCAGCGACCGCCUUCGCCAUGAAGCGUCCGAGUCAGUUUGUGCCGAAAGAGAUGCAAAACGUGCAGACAUCGCUCGAUAAGCUGGUUUUGGCUGGAGCUGGCGGGAAACCGGCCUCUGCCUUGCCUUCCUCUGGAGCCGGUCAGGUGCGUACGAAGAUAGCCAAAGAUAAGCUGCUGAUACGGCAGUCGAUAAGCGUUGAUCAGGAUCUUCCACCCAGCAGUAAUGGGUUAGGUGUUGUGAAUGAUAAACAGGACUCGGUUAGUGUGAAGCCAAUCGACUUGCACAAGCACAAGACGACCGAGCGUCUUCCCAAGACUCAUCAUCAACCACCACCACAGCAGCCGCAGCAACAACAGCUACCUCAGCCAGAGCUACCCUUCAAGAAACCGACCCAAACCGUCGCGCAACGAGCGCUGGUGAAAAAGUACUCCUUCAACGAUGGGUCCAGCUCGGACGAGGAUGUCACCCGGCAUGCUCAGCGCAAGACGGGCGAAGCGACCAAAACAGCGGAGCAAAUGGUUUUACGCAACAAAAUCACACCGGCCGAGCAGCCGGGGCCUACCGGCUCGAUAGUGAUCAACACCGUGCAGAAAAUCGUAAGCCGUGAGACGAAACCGAACAGCGAGGUUAGCUCCAAGGGUCAGAACGUGACACGCCGGCAACAACAUCUGAACGGUGGCCGGCUACCCGAAACGCACAAGGACGAUAUGAGUGCAAGACCGCUCAACAAAUAUGCCAGCAAGAAGUUACGCAUGAAGCGGGCCAACACGAUAGACCUUCCGAAGAGCCUGCCGCAGAAUGAUAACGCGGACGAUGUUAAUGGUGAUCACGAGGACAAGCUUGAGGCGAAACAGGAACAGCUCAGCCGGCAGCAGAGUCGCUUGACCCAUGCUCUGGCAGCGAACCGGCAGGCAGGGACGUCAAGCAAGUAUCUGGCCGCCUCCGGUCCCUCAGUACCGCCGGCAGACGUACCGGACUUUAAACCACGCACCGAGAACGAUCUCAAGUUUAUGGCGUUUCUGCAGAAGCAAAAUCAACAGUCGCGUCAGAUCUGGUCGAAUCCGGUCCGGGAACAUGUCGGUUCGAACAAUUGGACGAACAAGUUUGAUCAUCUGAAGAGCAAUUUCGAGCAAGCGGAGCGGCGUGAUCGUUCCGAGUUGCCACCAAAGUAUGGUGCCGCACCGAAAACUUCGGCCAUGAGCUUCUGGAAGCAGGCAGAAAGCCACGGUUCGUUUGAUGAAGGUACGAAGCCCGGCCCAGUAAAGCAGCACGCCAAGUCCGUUACUCCAUCGGGACAAAGUGCCGGCUUUAAGAGUAGCGGCGGGCCGGUAGCAAGAGUAUCUUCAGCUGGGCCUACCACUAAUGCUUCACCGAGAACGACACAGUCAAUGAGCAAAUAUGGUCCGUCCACUACACACUCCGUGAGCCAUCAUGCGUCCAACGGUAGUCCUGUCGUCGAAGGGAAGCUGGUACUGCCGAGAGCGUCUCCGGGCAGUAGCUUGGUGAACCAGUUUUCACACGCACCAGCAUCUGCGUUUAAGCCGAUUCCGAAAAAAAUACCGCCAGCGAACCUGGAGUUCAAACCGAUCCAGCAAGAGCUGGAUGUGGUGAAGCCAAUACCGGCGCGUAUAUCUAAUGCAACCGGGCUCGUAAAGCAGAUCGUCGCUACUGGCUUUAAGGAGACGCCGGAAGUGAAGCCCGAACCGAUGCACGUGCAGAUAGGCCUUGUACGGUCGUUGGCAGCACAAGGUUACCAGGAAACACCGUACGUCCCACUGCCAAAGUUGGAGCGCACACCGACGCAUAACGUGCUCAACUACAAACCGCGCUCGGACGCGUCCAGCAUUGCCGAGCCGGCACCACCUGCACCGUGGGUUGGUAAACGAUCGAGUGAGGUGACAGGGCCGGCUGGUAGUCGGGUGGCUAGUAUCGCCGCCACCAAGUUCACGGCGAACUCGUUUGGACACAACAAACCCUCACUACCGAUGCAGCAACCGCUAACCUAUCACGGUUCGCUCAAGUACGCAGAAAAGCCUCUAACCUACCAGCAACUGUCUGGCGGCACGUUACCCUACGAGAAGCGAGCUUCACUACCGGAUGUCUCAGUAUCCCAUCUGGGCACGUUCACCUUCACCGACUACACCCAACCAGAAUCCGUAUCCACGUUCACGCUGAACCGUAGCGACUCGCUCACCAAUCCAGAGAAUGCACCGCUCGUACUAACAAGCACGAACUCGGUCUUUAGCCCGACUGCCGGCUCUAUUCAUCCCACGGCAGAACCCACCAACCAACCGCUCAUGAGUCAUCCACAGCAAAUUAACUACCUAACAGUCAACGUUGAUCAGCAGCAUCAGCUGUCGCCUCACUCCUCCACGAACGAUGAUGACGACGAGUACGACUGCGACGAUCUGGAGUCGAUCGACUCGCAGGAGAUGCGCGUUGUGACGAAGGUGAUGCAGGCACCACAGGGUCAGCAGGCAACUUAUACGGCCGCCAUGCGACCGACCCACCUGAACGAUACUUACGAUGAUAGAGGCCGAGGUUCACUAAUCGCUCAGAAUCUGCAUUCAUCGCUGAAGAAAAUCAAGGACAAGAGUCCAACACCUCCAAAAUCACGGCAACAGAUCGUGGCGAGCGUUGGGGAACCGAUACCGACCACGGUCCGAAGACCGAUGGUAGCUCCGCAGGUGGAGGUCACUAAGCCUACUCCUGACUAUACGCAAGCACCGGUUCCCUCACACGCGAUCUACAACAACGUACAGCCCCAUCCGAUGCAGCGACACGCGGAGCAAACACAUCUCGCACGCACCAAAUCGAGUCACUCGCUAGCAGUGCCGAGUGCCGUCCCACUGUCCAGACCGAUCAGCGCCGAGAAGCAACGUACUGUUGAGGCGUACUUCACCGGACAGCCUGCCAAUCCGAGCACCGGCUACAUGAUGUCCCGGACAGCUUCCAACCAGAACCUGGUAAUGCGUGACAAGUCGGCAAUGUCCGCACCGCUCAACAACAUUCGACCAGUGUCCUACGCCAUGGGAUACAAUGGCGGUUACUACGGUGCCAAUAGCAAUCAGCAGGUGGAGCAAUCCCGGUCGGGUUACGUACCGCACGGUAUGACGGCAGGCUUGUUACAUUCGCAGAAGCGGCACGGUCCUAGCUACAUGGACGAACCACUGUCUUAUCAUCCACAACCGCACGGUGGAGGUUUGCUGCGAAGUCGUACGAUGCCGCAUAUACCUCUCGGCAGCUUAAACCUGCUCGACGAGAACAAUGUUGAGGACGCGUUCGAGGAGCUGAUGAACCAAUCGUUCGCCGUCGCACACGCUAGGCAGUUCGAGUCCUGGUGUUUCUACAAAACAGAAAAAAAAAUGGCGGCCAAACAUUUGAAACAAAAAAGAAAACCACAACUUCCAAUUUCAACGCUAAAACGAACGUUAUCGCACCCUUCUUUUACAUACCAGUGCAAUUACACCCACCUCAUCCAACAAACCACUACCCGCACCACUAUCGCCAACACGAAGAUGGAAUCACAGGAUGGUUCGGCUGUUACAACAAGGACCACGGUAACGACCAAAACGGUUGCUGCGAGUCCAAAGCCGAUGUCACCUUUCGCCAAGUUUCGACAGCUCGACAAGCAAAAUUCCAUCUCAUCGCAAUCACCUCCUAACUCCCCUAAGACACCAACACCGACGACACCGUCCGGCGCGAUGGGUCCCAUGUUUAAGUUUACCGAUCCCGCAUUGAAUCGUCGCGCCGCAACUGUUAAGGAUCAAUUGUUGCAGUGGUGCCAGAUGAAGACGAAGGAAUACGAGAACGUUAAAAUAGAAAACUUCUCCACCAGCUGGUCAGAUGGAAUGGCAUUCUGUGCGCUGGUUCACCAUUUCUUGCCGGACGCUUUUGAUUUUAGCAAACUAACACCACAACAGCGUCGCCAUAACUUCACCCUCGCCUUCCGAGUGGCUGAUGAAAAAGCCGGGAUCGCGCCCCUACUGGAUGUGGAUGAUAUGGUUGCAAUGCGAAAGCCUGACUGGAAAUGUGUCUUCACAUACGUGCAGUCCAUUUAUCGACGCUUCAAAAAUGAAAUCUAGCCGAACUAGAAUGCAGUACGACCCGCUUACUACUACUACUACCGUUUGCGGAUGGGGGUUUGGGGCAAAAACUGGAAAGUUGUUAUUAUUUGUUAAAAAAAAGAAGGUUUUCUCAUACUGGCCUUAGCGUUUGCCGCGAAUGUUACGCGUUUUUGCCCGCAUCCCAGCCCGCAUCCUUGUUGGAUUGUUUUUUCUUCGUUGUUUCUGUGCGCGAUACUCCCUUCUUGCCCAACACCAAACAAAUACACCUAACCACUGAUUGGUCCGCCAAAUUGCCAGGGCACCAAUCACAAUUUCGCUUGGAAAGGGAAAUAGCGACCGUUUCCCGUCAUUUCGUAGCUAACUUUUGUGUGUUUGCGGCCCCCCCCCCAAAGCUCAACAACGAGAACGAUUCUUUUGCUUCUCCUCGUACGAAGUUAAACCGAAUCAGACACCUGCCCAUUUUAAAAGAGAGUGUAGAUUCCAUCUGGCACCAUUGGUAGAAGUUUCUUAUGUUACAAUCAGAUUUGUUUUUUUCUUUUUUUCACCAUUACUCUGGGAGGGAUAGCAUUGUUUAAUUGUUUAAGCGCUUGCCCAAUCUGCCAAUCUAUGCGUUUUUUUUCCGCCACUGAGCGAGUAGAAAAGCUGUUUAUUUAACCCUUAAAAAGAAAUAUGCUGUUAAAUAUUUUAUUGUUCCCAACCGGUUGUCCUGCGAAUUGCCGCAAAAAAAAAUUCUGUCUCACGGACCAAAACCAUCGCGGCACAGGAUUUAACAAAUAUGUACGUUAAUGAGAUGAGGCAAAGAAAGAGAUGGAAAUUUUUCGUGUGAAAGAAAAGGAGGUAUAGUUCUGGGGUAUUUAUCCUUACAAAAGAUGAUAUAUAAUUGUUUUGUUUUUCUUUCUUUCUCUCGUGUUUAUUACAUUAUGCUCUCAUAAUUCUAAUUCUAGUAAGCAGCAAUUAAUGUUUUUUUCUUUGUUUUUAGAAAGAGAGAAAGAGAGAGAAAGAGAGUACACUUAGUACGAACAACGACUUUUGUUCCAUUCAAUCAUUAUUAUAUGUACGAAGAGAAAUACAUGUUUUAACCACGCUUCCACGUUUCA